AUGUCAUACCACUCCUCUUGUUUCAGUGUGUUUACAUUGAAAUUAUCAAAUCAUCCAAUUUGGACUGAUACCAAAAGUCAAGGGUUUGCUUCAUAUUUAUUGUCACCUUUCCAACUAUUUUGCACCAUUCUGUUGAGUAUGACACUCCCACAUUCAGUACAAUGUGCAACGUACAAAGUGGGCAUCAUAGGACCCUGGAGGUGUGACCCAAUUUUUGCUAAAGCUCUUCCAAAUGUUGCUGCCAAAUUAGCUAUUGAUCGAAUCAACAAGGAUUCCUCCUUAAGUCUUGGCAAACACUUUGAUUAUGUGAUACUAAACGAAGACUGUCAGACCUCCAAAGCUUUAGCUGCUUUCCUUGAUUAUUCAGAACUAGCAUCUGGAUUCAUUGGUCCUACAAAUCCGGGCUAUUGUGAUGCUGCUUCUCUGUUGGGAAAAAAUUGGAAUAGAAUUAUAUUUUCAUGGGCUUGUAUAAACUAUGAAAUGGAUGAUACUCUGAAUUAUCCAACCUUUAUGAGAACUUUACCAUCUCCAACAAGAAUUCUCUUCACAGUGAUGAAAUAUUUUCGGUGGGCCCAUGUAGCCAUCAUCUCAUCAAUGGAAGACAUUUGGGUAGAUACAGCUGUGAAAGUGGCUAGUGCCCUCAGGAAACAGGGCCUGCCAGUGGGAGCUGUGCUUUCAAUGGACAAUGAACCAGGGAGUGUCAGAAGCACUCUCAAGAAAAUAAAAACCAUCGACAAACUUCGCAUGAUAAUCAUGUGUAUGCACUCAAUUUUUAUCGGAGGUGAGGUGCAGAAACACCUUUUGGAAGUUGCCCAUGAUUUGCAGAUGACUGAUGGCAGCUACGUGUUUAUACCAUAUGACACUCUUCUUUACAGUCUCCCGUACCAAAACACUCCCUACCCAGUACUGGUGAACAAUUCAAAGCUCCAGAAAGCAUAUGAUUCAGUGCUAACAAUCACUGUGGAUUCUGCAAAAAUGUCAUUCCACCAGGCAUUUCAAGAACAUGUGCAGAGCCAGGAAAUUAUAACACAUUUGAAGCCUCACCAGGUAUCCCCACUAUUUGGUACAAUCUAUAACUCAAUCUAUUUUCUUGCCAAAGCUAUGGAGAACAAUAGAAAACACCAAGCCUGGAUGUCUGGCAGCAACAUAGCUAAGUUUGCCAAGGACAUAAGAUUUGAAGGCUUUAAUCAGAGGAUUUGGACUGAUAAAAAUGGGGACAGCUUCACUGAUUAUGUCAUCCUGGACACUGAUGGAAAAGGAACCGAACUGUAUCACACUUACAUUGUAGAUAUGGAAACAGAUCUAAUACAAUUGACAGGGCGAACAAUUCAUUUUCCCAAUGGAGUCUUGCCAAAAACAGAUUCUGCAUGCUGGUUUACCCGUGGGAAAAUCUGCACUGGAGGAAUCGAUCCUUUCUUUGCUGUGACAGUGCCACUGAUGAUCAUCUUUGCUGUGCUUUUCAGUAUGGGUCUUGUCUACUGUAUAAGACGCAGAAUAAUUCAACUUAAGUUACUGAAGGGCCCUGAUAAAAUAUUACUGACACUCAAUGAUGUAACAUUUAUAAACCCACAGCUCAGCAAGAAGAAAAUCAGUGGUGAAGACAGCCAACUUAGUGAAGGGGGACAAAGUGGAUCUGAGACCAGAAGUAGAAAAUCUCCCAUGUGGUCACUAUCAAUGAGAAGUCUUACUCCUGCCACCCAUGAAAACUCAAAUGUAGCAGUUUAUGAGGGUGACUGGGUUUGGUUGAAGAAGUUUCCUUACGAAGAAUAUGGAAAUAUUAAGCCAGGUGCAAGUGCUAUGUUUGAAAUGAUGAAGGAUUUUCGACAUGAAAACAUAAAUGUUUUCCUUGGAUUCUUCUUUGACUGUGGGAUGCUUGCUAUUGUGACUGAGUUCUGUACCCGUGGAAGCCUGCUUGAUCUGCUGAGAAAUGAAGAUGUGAAAUUGGACUGGAUGUUCAAAUCAUCAUUACUGCUGGAUCUGAUCAAGGGCAUGAGGUAUCUACACCACCGAGAAUAUGUACAUGGAAACCUCAAGUCAAGGAACUGUGUUGUAGAUGGACGCUUUGUCCUAAAGGUGACGGACUAUGGAUAUAUUGAAGUGGCCAAAGCCCAGAACAUUCCAUUGAUGGAACCUCCAGCAGAAGAAUUCCUUUGGACUGCUCCUGAGAUACUACGGAAGCCUAAUCCUUUAAUGAAUGGUACUUUCAAGGGCGACAUUUAUAGUUUCGCAAUCAUAAUGCAAGAGGUGGUAAUACGAGGUCCACCGUACUGCAUGCUUGAUCUCUCUGCAGAAGAAAUUAUCGAGAAUGUAAAAAAGCCCCCUCCUUUGCUCAGGCCUAUUAUUACCCAAGACCAUGCUCCCAUGGAGUGUAUCCAGCUAAUGAGGCAAUGCUGGAAUGAAAUACCUGAAAGAAGACCAUCCUUUGAUGAAGUCUUUGAUAAUUUCAGGAAUAUCAACAAAGGUAGAAAAACCAAUAUUAUCGACUCUAUGCUGAGAAUGCUUGAACAAUAUUCCAGUAAUUUGGAAGAUCUCAUAAGAGAACGAACUGAAGAAUUAGAAAUAGAAAAGCAGAAAACAGAGAAACUUCUGACACAGAUGUUACCUCCAUCAGUUUCAGAGUCCCUGAAAACUGGCUGCACUGUUGAGCCUGAAUACUUUGACCAGGUAACCCUGUACUUCAGUGACAUCGUUGGUUUUACAACAAUAUCAGCAAUGAGUGAACCUAUCGAAGUGGUCGACCUCCUGAAUGAUCUCUACACACUGUUUGAUGCUGUAUUAGAAAACCAUGAUGUCUACAAGGUAGAAACCAUUGGAGAUGCUUACAUGGUGGUCUCUGGCCUUCCAACAAGGAAUGGUAACAGGCAUGCAGCUGAAAUUGCAAACAUGUCCCUGGAUAUCCUGAGUGCGGUGGGCACCUUUAAGAUGAGGCAUAUGCCGGAUGUGCCAGUUCGAAUAAGGAUAGGACUGCACUCAGGGCCAUCUGUUGCAGGAGUUGUGGGUCUGACCAUGCCACGGUAUUGUCUCUUUGGAGAUACAGUCACUACAGCUUCUCGCAUGGAAUCCACAGGACAACCUUAUCGCAUUCAUGUCAAUCACACAACUGUUAAAAUUCUUAUAAGUCUGAAUGAAGGUUAUAAGCUGGAGCCUAGAGAACGAACUGAGCUGAUGGGCCAAGGCUUUGAGCAGACCUACUGGCUGGUAGGGAAAGAAGGUUUUACCAAGCCAUUACCGAAACCUCCAGAAUUGAAACCAGGGCAAAGUACUCAUGGUUUGCAGAUGGAAGAAAUGGCAAGAUACAAACAAUUGAAAGCACAAAAACAGCAAAAAGCAAGUAUCCAGCCUAAAGGAAAUAACCUGUCUAUGAAGAAGGCAACAUACAUGCACUAUGUGGCAGCACAGCUCAUGCAACAGGAGAACCAUGAUAGCUUCACAGAUGGCAACCUUAAUCUUCAUCCAGUGAUUAAGAGGCUGCAUCUGAUUAACAAUGACACUCUGAAACGCUAUUCUUAG